CACACAAGCAGCCGGCGACCCAACUCAGCUGAGAGAGUUGGCGAUUAAGCCUCUGCCGCGAACAGACAAGAAACGCGAAAACAACACAAAGACAAGGAUGUCUUCUUACGUGACUUCGGACUGUCACCGCGUCUGCCCGUCCUCUCACGGGAACCGGUUUGACACAGCGCACCGCAAAAAGGCCGUGGGUAACAUCUUCGAGAACGUCAACCAGGACGCUCUGAUGAGGCUGUUCCAGAAAACGGGAGACAUGAAGGCGGAGGAGCGGGUGAGGAGCAUCUUCUCCUACGCACAGGACCCCGAGGAGACGGCCAAAGCCUUGAUGGCCCUGAAACAGCGCAAGAAGGACAAGUUCCUGCGGAUCGCAGGGAUGGUUCGGAACCUGCUGAAACUCCGCUGACUGUUCUAUAUCGACUCGUGACGAGUUGUUUUGACCCAGCAUACACGUUUGUCAGCACGCUGACACCUGGCUAAGAGGAUGUUCAAGACCAGAUGGCAAACGACGGGGAGAUGAGCUAAGGGCUCCUGGCUAAAAUGCUCAAAGAAACUUGCCUGGACUACGGAGAUGUCAUCCACUGAUGCAGCUCGCCCUGAGGGAUGCGCGGUGACCUGCUUCAUGAUGCACGGAGGGAUGCAGCACAGUGAUGGAGCUGCGCGCUAGAAAAUUCUUGGGGCCUUUUCCCAAGCACAAGUCAAAGAGACUCUUGCAACGGCGUCUCAGUGAUGAACACUGCAUUUUAAAAAUGCGUUUUUUUUACCUGCACCUUGAAGGUGUUCUUAAUGGUUCAUAAAAGUAUUGACUGUGUGAUGAGAGACUGGUGCCGAAGAUAUUGCCUGAAAAUGUUGCCUGUAUUGUUUGCAAACAAAUGCCUUGUCUCUGUACCAGUUUUACUUUGUGAUACCUGCUAUCUCUUUAUUAGUGGCCACUAAUUUAUUUGUCAAAAUGUUAUGAAAACACCAGCUCAUGACUUUUCUAAAAGUUAUUUUUCAAUUUCUAUAAUAAAUUAUGAACUC